UGGUCUUCUUCUAUGGUUACUCUAUCGAUCUCGUCGUACCCGCCACAGCCAACGCAAAAGCUCCGGAGACUUUGAGGAUCUCACUUCACCUCCAAUCGUCGAAACUCGUCAUCAUCAAGAUGAUUCAAUCAACGUAUUGGCCGUGGUGUCCCCCAUGGACCCCAUGGCCUCCUUCUCGUCCUUUAAAGACGAAAAGGUUAGCAAGAACGUGUGGCUCAGUGGCAGUGGACGCACUAUCAAUUCGGCCAAGAGUGGCAGUAGCAGCAGGAGUUUAACUGCUUCAAGCGUCGCCGACUACGCGCUAACGACGUCCCAGACAGACGAGAUCUUCCACGUCUUGCAUCACGACGCACAGCUCGCCACGCAGCGACUUGCAGUGGAUAAAAUCGCCUUUGAGCGAGUGUUAGCGGAGAGCGCAACGAGGCAAUUGUGGCUCUGCCAGUUUGAGGGCGAGGAGAUCGUCGUCAAGAGACUCAACCCGCCCGACAACGACGACGUGUUCCCCGCUGUGAUGAAUUUCGUACACGAGAUCCGACUCACAGCGUCUUUGGAACAUCCAAAUAUUGCCAAAUUUCUGGGAGUUGCAUGGGGGAAAAAUUUGCGUUCGCUGUGCCUUGUGGCCGAAUAUUUUGCAAAAGGAGAUUUGGCGUCCUUUUUGCGUAGAAAUCGUCAUCGCCGACUGCAAGUGAACCAGCAAUUAUCAUCGUCAUCGCUAUCCGAUGUCUCAGGCGGAUCUUCGUCGUCUGCAACAACAAACCAAACAGCAAUGACGGGGCCUCCGUCACUGCAAAGCUCAGGGUCAGGAUUUAUGCUCACGAGCUGGGCUGACAAAUUGCCGAUAGCCAUUGGGAUUGCACGAGCACUUUUGUAUCUACAUACACGCCACCCUCAACCGAUAGUAUAUCGCGUGCUAAGAGCGAAAAAAGUGGCAAUGAGCGACCACUUUGAGGCAAAACUCAUCGACUUGACGCCAGCUGCAGAGGGUUCUCCGCCUGUGGACCAGAAAGACAUGGCCGCAGGAAUUGGCAACGCGUUCUGGACAGCCCCAGAGCUGCUAACAGGGGGAUCUCCCACACCAGCCACUGAUAUUUAUGCGUUCGGAGUGUUACUAGCCGAGAUCGACUCGGAAGCCAAGCGACCGUACUAUAGUGCGCGAGACUCUAGAUCGGGGGAAAAGCUGCGCGCCUUUCAGGUGUUGAACCUCGUGGCCAGUGGAGAGCUACGACCUCAUUUUGCUGCGAACUGCCCCACAGAAGUUCGAGAGGUCGCGCUCGCUUGUAUGCGUCAGAACCCAAUGCAACGUCCUACGGCGCGCGAGGUGCUCCAGGGACUGCAGAGCUGCAGAGCUGGCAGUGCGGCGUGA